AUGAGUCUUGCUCUUGAGCCACGAUAUGAUCCAAGCGAUGUCAUUCGCCUGGAUCCAAGGAAAGGCGAGCGCAAAUACAGCAUAUUGAUCAUCAACCCCAAUACCUCAACACGCAUGACAGAAGCUCUGGAACCUAUAUUAGCUAGCAUGAGCUACCAAGAUGUGCACUUCGACUACUUCACUGCUCCAGAAUCCACCAUUGAGAUCGAAGGAAUCACGAUCGAGCCAAUCGCCAGCAUCAACAACGCCGAAGAAUCGUGUAAAUCAGCAUUGAAUUGCUGGUCUGUACGGGAUUUGAUCGGUCACUACGAUGCAUUUCUGGUAGCAUGUUACUCUGCCCACCCGCUGGUCGGCAGACUGCGGGAGGAUAUCAUGGCAAUCGAAGAGGCAAGCCCGACGAGAAACAAAUAUGUCACUGGAAUCUUCGAAGCAUCCAUCGCCGCUGCUCUGUCCUUGGUCAGUGGGUUCUCAUUGGAAAGCCCAAUCAAUCCAGCGAAAAAGUUACACAAGUACCAAGACAAGGGGAGCUUUGGUGUUGUGACCACAGGCUCUGCGUGGAAGGAGGAGCUCACCAAUGCGGUACAGGGAGCCCUGGGUUAUGGGGAUGAGGACGGGAACUCUAUGCACUUUGCAGGCGUUGAAACUACGGGGUUGACAGCGGUCGAACUUCAUACCACUGCGCCGGAGGAGGUGCGACGGAGGAUCAUCGAUGCCACCCGCACUCUGCUUCGGAACUCGAAAUCUCGUGUUCAAGUUGUCUGUUUGGGUUGUGCCGGUAUGGCUGGUAUGGAGGAAGCUGUACGAGAGGGAUGUACUCAAGAAUAUGGACUACCAGAGGGUCAACGGGUCCGAAUUGUGGAUGGAGUUGUUGCUGAUGCCAAGGUUUGUUCACCAUCCCAAUUGAUUUACAUUAAGGGUCUGCUAUUUUGCUGGAAUAUUGAACCUGACUCUUGGGGGAAUUGUAGAGAAAUCAUCACAAUCCAAGCCGGCCAGUGCGGCAACAAUGUCGGCAGCCAGUUCUGGCAGCAAUUAUGCCAGGAGCAUGGAAUCAGUGCAGAUGGUAACCUCGAGGAGCAUGCCACUGACGGAGCGGCCGGUGAUCGCAAAGAUGUUUUCUUCUAUCAGAGUGACGAUACCAGAUACAUUCCCCGAGCGAUUCUCCUCGACUUAGAACCCAGAGUCCUCAAUACCAUCCAGACUGGCCCCUACAAGAACAUUUACAACCCCGAGAACUUCUUCGUCGGACAACAAGGUAUCGGAGCUGGAAACAAUUGGGGAACCGGAUAUGCUGCAGGAGAGGGCGUGCAAGAGGAGAUUUUCGACAUGAUUGACCGAGAAGCAGACGGAAGUGACUCUCUCGAGGGCUUUAUGCUUUUACAUUCAAUCGCAGGAGGUACGGGCUCCGGACUGGGAAGUUUCCUGCUGGAACGGAUGAACGAUCGAUUCCCGAAGAAGCUCAUUCAAACCUAUUCCGUCUUCCCUGACACGCAGUCUGAUGUCGUUGUCAACCCUUACAACAGUUUGCUCUCCUUGCGCCGAUUGACUCAAGAUGCCGACUCUGUGGUGGUCCUGGACAAUGGCGCUCUAUCACGAAUUGUCGCCGACCGGCUCCACGUCCAAGAGCCUUCAUUCCACCAAACCAACCAGCUCGUGUCAACAGUGAUGUCUGCAUCUACCACCACACUCCGAUACCCUGGAUACAUGCACAACGAUCUCGCAGGAAUCAUCGCCUCGCUCAUCCCCACGCCACGCAGCCACUUCCUUCUCACCUCAUACACACCCUUCACGGGCGCCAACAUCGAGCAAGCCAGGACAGUGCGCAAAACAACCGUCCUCGAUGUCAUGCGCCGUCUCCUGCAGCCCAAGAACCGCAUGGUUUCUGUCAACCCCAGCAAGUCCAGCUGCUACAUCAGCAUUCUCAACAUCAUCCAGGGCGAAGCUGACCCGACCGAUGUGCACAAGUCACUACUGCGCAUUCGGGAGCGCCGCCUUGCUUCGUUCAUUCCCUGGGGCCCCGCCAGCAUUCAGGUAGCUCUUACGAAGAGAUCCCCGUACAUCGAGGAAACCGGACAUCGGGUCAGUGGGCUGAUGCUGGCUAAUCACACCUCUGUCGCGACACUCUUCAAGCGCAUCGUGAAGCACUAUGACAUGCUGCGCAAGCGCAAUGCCUUCCUAGAUUCAUACAAAAAGGAAGCACCAUUCGCUGACGGACUUGGCGAGUUUGACGAAGCACGGGCAGUUGUGAUGGAUCUAAUCGGCGAAUAUGAGGCAGCCGAACGGGACGACUACCUGGAUCCGGACGGCAAGGCAAACGAGCCCGGGGUUUGA